UUCUUUUCGACUCCGUCGACGCGACUCCAUACUGUAUUUUUUUAAUUUUUUUUUGGUUUUUUUUGAUUUCGAGAUUGUUCCCUUUUUUAUAUUUCUUUGUCGUCCUUUUACGCGUUUCUUUGCUUUAGAACGCUGCACAUACCCAUUGUCAUUUUCCAUUUUGCAUUUCCUUGCUUUGUUUCUCACAUUUCUCUAUUACGUCAAUGUCACAAAAAAGAUCAACUGUUACAAAGCCUAAAUCAGUAACGCUAUUCAAUUUUUUCGCGCCUGUUAAUGCACGUCAAGCGAAUGAGGAUGGAAACCUGUCGCUCAGCAACGCAUCCCCACGUUCCCAUUCCACCUUGUCGUCCCCUAAUAAGCUACCAAACACUGGGAAACGGGAUGUGAUCGAUCUUACUGCAUUGGACGACGAAAGUGCAAACACAAUUGUGAUUGACGAGAAUCGGAUUGGAGAAUCGUUGUUUCUACCGAAAAGGAACCAAUCGCAAACACAGCAACAACAACGACCCAAGUUGGCCAACUGUGAAAACAAAAUCAAGAACGAGGGAUCUCGCUGUUCGUUUAGCUCAAGUCAAGGAAAUACGGUCGAACUGCGAUAUGAAUCAAAAUACAAAUUCCAGACGUUCAAUCCAUCGUACAAGACGAAACCCCGAUUCUCCAGUCAAGAGACCCAAGAACUGCCAGCUCCCUCUGCAACGUCAUAUUCUCGCAUUCCGGUGAACCCGAAACCAGCCGUGAAACGACAAUCAAGUUGGCAACCUCCUCCAGACACACCGACACCACCUUCUUACCAGUCAAACUACCUGCCAUAUCAAGAUACCGAUUACAUGCAGAAGCGUCAGCGAGUGCUUCCAGCGACAUUUAUCACCGAGACCAAUACGUUCAAAGCGAGAAACAGAGCCCCUGAUUAUACUGUGCUUAGUUCACAGCCGAAACAUUGGAUAUCCAAUGUAUCAAAACCCUUUAAAGAUUCACCAUCGUCAUCCUCUUUAUUCAGUGGAUCGUUCUCAUUUUCGCAGGGUUCCAGUGGUACCAUGGGUGCGAUAAAGAGCAAAGCAAGUGUCAAGCGAGUCACGAAAAAGGCCCCUUCCUUUGUGAAACCGGACCAGGAAUAUCGCCCUGAACUCUCCGCCGAGCAGGAGCGGAUUCUGAACAUGGUGAUUCACGAACGGACCAAUUUGUUCUUUACUGGCUCUGCUGGUACCGGCAAAUCGGUUCUUCUAAGAGCCAUCAUUGAUCGAUUAACCAACAUUUACGGCGAAGGCGUGGCGGUGACUGCAUCCACAGGUAUUGCAGCCUGCAAUAUCAAUGGCUCCACUUUACACAGGUAAUAAAAAGGACUCACGUGAAAAUGGGAUCUUUUUAUGAUUCUGCAUAUCAUGAUAAUCCUAAAUCGUGCUUUUUUUUUGUGAUUUUCAGUUUCGCCGGCAUUGGACUGGGAAAGGAACCUGUGGAAACGCUCAUCGAAAGGAUUACGUCAAAGUCCAAAGUGGCUGAACGAUGGCGAAAGACACGUGUGUUGAUCGUUGACGAAAGUAAGUUGAACAAAAGGUUAUGUGAGCCAAAAUACCGGAUGGGAGGAAUGGUGGACCUCAACGUCAGUUUAUUUGUCAGUCUCGAUGAUGGAUGCGGAGUUAUUUGAUAAACUUGAAGCGAUUGCUCGUUCAAUGAAACAAAGUGUACUACCUUUUGGAGGGAUACAGGUCAUUUUAACAG